AGGCACGGGCACGCCCCCAAAUAAUUUUCUUUCACAGUUUCACACUCACAUGGUAAAAUUAAAAUAACACUGACAAUUUUGUGUUUUUAAGACUAGUGUGUCACAUAAAAUUCACUGCAAUUUUAUCAAAAAUACUGCGAUUAAAGCCCAGCCAAAUAUCUCUGUGAAUUUCUGUGCGUAGGAUCUUUUUCACACACAAAAAUAAUGCUUUGCCGAGGAAGACUUCUGCUAAGCCAUGCGGGUCUCGUUUCUAAAAGACUUGCAGUUCCUGCCUGCCAAAAAUUGAAUCAAUCAAGUCUUGCGCAGCCGGUUCCUGAAGGCCAAGAACAGCCUGUCAGCCCAAAAAUCCAAUCUUUAGUCACAGAGAUCUCCAAACUAACCCUUCUUGAGGUUUCUGAACUCAGCGGAGCUUUGAAGAAAGCACUUAACUUGCCUGACGCUCCAGUGGCAAUGAUGGCUGGCCCUGGUGCUUUUGCUGCAGCUCCUGCAGCAGAGGAGGAAGAAGAAGCGCCUCAAAAAGUUCAGACUGCCUUCACAGUUAAAUUGAUGAAGUUUGAUGAUUCGAAAAAGGUGGCACUCAUCAAAGAAGUGAAGGCGCUCGUCGAAGGCAUGAACCUUGUUCAGGCUAAGAAAUUUGUUGAAAGUGCACCAACCAUUGUCAAAGCAGAUUUGCCAAAAGAAGAAGCUGAAAAAUUGGCUGCAGCUUUAAAUGCUGUUGGAGCGACAUGCGAAAUUCAGUAGGUUACCAACUUGAAGAUAAAAUAUUGUCUAAUUGUAGUUCAUUAUGAGUUGGUUUAUAUGCUGGACUAUAUUAUUAUGCAUUUAUGAUUGAUAUUGUUUUGAGGAAGUAACAUUUCUUGACAAUUGAAGCAAAAGUGAUGAGUGAAUGUAAAAAUCUAAAAUAAAUCAAUUUGCGUCAUUUUA